CUUGUCCUUAUAUGGGGGCGGCAGGCCACUAGUGGCAGUCUAUAAAGCACCGGAGGAGGGACAGGGGUGUCACUUUCCAGAAGGACAGUCGGACAGCCAGCCAGCCGCAUCAACCCCCCUCAGUCAGUAUGUCUAUCACUAAGAUCCAUGCCCGAGAGAUCCUCGACUCCAGAGGAAACCCCACUGUGGAGGUGGACCUCUACACCGCUAAAGGCCGUUUCAGGGCAGCCGUGCCCAGUGGUGCCUCUACCGGUGUCCAUGAGGCUCUGGAGCUGAGAGAUGGAGACAAGUCACGCUACCUGGGAAAAGGUACCAUUAAGGCUGUGGAUCAUGUGAACAAGGACAUCGCUGCCAAACUGAUUGAGAAGAAGUUCAGUGUUGUUGACCAGGAGAAGAUUGACAAAUUCAUGCUGGAGUUGGACGGAACUGAGAACAAGUCUAAGUUUGGAGCCAAUGCCAUCCUGGGCGUGUCUCUGGCGGUCUGCAAGGCAGGAGCAGCAGAGAAGGGAGUGCCCCUGUACCGACACAUCGCUGACCUGGCCGGACACAAGGAUGUCAUCCUGCCCUGCCCCGCCUUCAACGUGAUCAACGGUGGUAGCCAUGCUGGUAACAAGCUGGCCAUGCAGGAGUUCAUGAUCCUGCCCAUCGGAGCGGCCAACUUCCACGAGGCCAUGAGGAUCGGAGCUGAGGUUUACCACAACCUGAAGAACGUGAUCAAGGCCAAGUACGGAAAGGAUGCCACCAACGUGGGAGAUGAGGGCGGCUUCGCACCCAACAUCCUGGAGAACAACGAGGCUCUGGAGCUCCUGAAGUCAGCCAUUGAGAAGGCCGGCUACCCAGAUAAGAUCAUCAUCGGCAUGGACGUGGCCGCCUCUGAGUUCUACAAGGCAGGGAAGUACGACCUGGACUUCAAGUCACCUGACGACCCUGCCAGGUACAUCACCGGGGAUCAGCUGGGAGAUCUGUACAAGAGCUUCAUCAAGGGAUAUCCCGUCCAGUCCAUUGAGGAUCCCUUCGAUCAGGAUGAUUGGGCUGCAUGGUCAAAGUUCACCGCCGCCGUCGACAUCCAGGUGGUGGGAGAUGAUCUGACCGUGACCAACCCCAAGCGUAUCCAGCAGGCUGUGGAGAAGAAGGCCUGUAACUGCCUGCUCCUCAAGGUCAACCAGAUCGGCUCCGUCACAGAGUCCAUCAAGGCGUAAGUAUAGGGCCCCCUCGCAGAGCUGCCCUACAGGUACUAUAUUACAGGACCUUCUACUGGAGCUGCACCACAAGGACUAUAUUACAGGGCCCCCUGCUGGAGCUGCACCACAGGCACUAUAUUACAGGGCCCCCUGCUGGAGCUGUGUUACGGGCACUAUAUUACAGGUUCCCCUGCUGGAGCUGCACCACAGGCACUAUAUUACAGGUUCCCCUGCUGGAGCUGUGUUACGGGCACUAUAUUACAGGUUCCCCUGCUGGAGCUGCACCACAGGCACUAUAUUACAGGUUCCCCUGCUGGAGCUGUGUUACGGGCACUAUAUUACAGGGCCCCCUGCUGGAGCUGCACCACAGGCACUAUAUUACAGGUUCCCCUGCUGGAGCUGCACCACAGGCACUAUAUUACAGGUUCCCCUGCUGGAGCUGUGUUACGGGCACUAUAUUACAGGUUCCCCUGCUGGAGCUGCACCACAGGCACUAUAUUACAGGGCCCCCUGCUGGAGCUGUGUUACGGGCACUAUAUUACAGGUUCCCCUGCUGGAGCUGCACCACAGGCACUAUAUUACAGGGCCCCCUGCUGGAGCUGUGUUACGGGCACUAUAUUACAGGGCCCCCUGCUGGAGCUGCACCACAGGCACUAUAUUACAGGGACAAAUUGACCAUCUCUUAUGUGAAAUGGGUGUAGUAGUGACUAGGCUUCUCAUUAUAUAGUAUUAGUUCAUUUUUUUGCUUUGAGAUUUCUUUCCGUUAUGAAAAGUACUUUAGAAGUUUAAAUAAUGAUUUUGUAUUAUUCUUCCAGGUGUAAGCUGGCCCAGUCUAACGGAUGGGGUGUGAUGGUGUCUCAUCGCUCCGGAGAGACAGAGGACACUUUCAUCGCUGACCUGGUGGUCGGACUCUGCACUGGACAGAUCAAGACUGGGGCCCCCUGUAGAUCAGAACGUCUGGCCAAAUACAACCAGCUGAUGAGGAUUGAAGAGGAGCUUGGAAACAAGGCCAAGUUCGCCGGCAAGGACUACCGUCACCCCAAAAUCAACUAAACCCUCCAUCUCCUCCUUUAAUCCCUCUACCACCACUGACUGUCUACCCUCCUCUUGGGGUCAGGGGUCAGAAGAAGACAAAUUUCCACUUUUUAUGUUUUUUAUCUUCGGCCCUUGCCCGCCCCCCCCUGUUACGAGUGACUGUUGUGACGUAACGUGAGAAAUAAAACAAAACCAAAUUUAAA